ACAUCUCGAAGGCUCACAAUUUCUAAGCGCAAGACAGACGCCCGCUUCAGAGGAAAAUAUCAACAUAUCAUUCUCGGCGCCCCUGCCUGGAAGCUCUACACGCUUAGGAACUCCCGCUCCCGCAGAUGCCCUUCUCGGAUCGGGCAAGGGCAAGAUGACCACCAUCCGACUCAUCUCACAUGACACAGACCAUGCACCUUCACCGCCUCAGCUAGCGCCUUCCAUGACCACGUUUGACUCAGCCUUAGGCUCAUCACGCUCGCACACUCCGCCGGCCAGCAAAAUCCAGGUAUGGCGCGCAUCGCCCACCCAAGGUGAACGGCUUUAUCCGAGCAUCCCGUACGAAGACAUCCAGAGCCUGCAAAGCUUCGUGGUGCCAAAGCCGGCAGAAGUGAAGGGGCGGAACGGAGGUGUCUCUGCGGACAAAGGCCUCGAUAUGCCCGGCAGCCUCACAUUCCCAGCAGACAAGCCCUCGCCAACAGACCAGUCGCAACCCCAGGCUGUCACGACGACGAGCACAGCGUUAGCGGGGACCUCCAAUGUGCUUUCUCCUGCGCUCAAGCCCAACACGUCGCCAAGCAAGAAAGAGACGCUCGGAAUCCCGCGCAGCCGACCGUUCAUCUUCGGUUCGCCGCUAUCCAAGCAUAGCCCGUCGAACACGGACUUUGGCAAGGCCGCUGCGUCCGUGCUGGAAGAGAUGAAGAAGAGGCUGGCCGAGCAGAAGGCGCAGAAAGGAGCGAGCGAGCAGAAACCGUUCACGGAGCGCGUCGCACGCUCGCGUGCCGUUGUUGAGCAAGGGCAACAAGCGGGGAGCACGGAUCGGUUCGCAAAGGUGCACGAGCAGACGUUCAGCAAGAUGGCCCCGAUCACGAGCCACUAUGCCGCGCGCCGUGUGAUGCUGCCUGAGUCGAAGAAACGCGACCUGGCCACGCUGGGCGCUGGUUCUGCCCCGGGCGUGCAGAGGAAAAAUGACAGCGUCGCAAGUGCGCUCGCAAUGCACGGCAGUGGGGCCAAUGGAGACGAGGAUGCGGGAGAUCGCAGGCUAUCGAAGCGUAUGCGUACUACGGACGCCACGGAUGUACACGAGGGAAAGAGUAUCUCCUUGGAGCCUGAUGCCGUCACUGCGGACACAAGACAGAAGCAGAGGGAGCGGGAUGCCAUCCGCAGGAAGGUAGACACCCGCAGGCGGAGCAGCUGGGACAAGACUAGUCCCGGUCGCAAGGCGAUCAUGGGUGAGUUUAUCUGGUCAUCGCGCUUUAUGAACCUGAUUCAUUCUGGGUAGCCAAAUCAUCACGCACUGGCUUGUUUGUCACUGCGAAAUCUGUUGUCCGCAAUGUCCUGAGCAGAGGUACUGCUUCUUCAGGAACGUCAAAUUCUGGCCC